AUGAGCGUUCAAACCAACCUAAAAGAUGUUGGUUGGAUGUGUCAUGUUAUUCCAUUGAGGAAAAAUAAAGUGCAACAGUUAUCUCCCCCGAUUUCGCAAAUUCCAAGUAUUGGUUUUAUGCCUGAAGAAUCCAUCCACGAGAAAAAGCAUACAAUGUAUCUCAAGUCGACUGACUCACCGUAUGUACGAUUAUCUAAAAUGGGUGGUAAGCGGGAUCUACUAUGUUUUAGAGAAAACGAAUACAAAUCUGGAGCACCCGUUCCUUAUUCUCGAUGCGAAUGGUAUUACUUGGAGGAUAAUGCUCUGGAACUUAAGCAGAAUAUCAGACCCAAAUCCACAAGAUAUGUGUUUAAAGUACCAUUCUACAUGUCAGAUAGCUCGGUACAUCAAAUAGAGAAGAGCAAGACUACAGAAACAGUUGUUGAUCCUGUACAACCUUCUGUAG